CCGAUUUUGCUCGAACUGAAAUAAAUGCAAGCUUUGCAUAUUUUUGAAUAAAUAACUAGUAAUGCAAUUAAACCUGUUGAAAAAACUUAAGAACCCAGGAAUUAAAAUAUUGCUCAGUCUUUUUGGCGAAAUGGUAAAUUUUAUAAAGUAGUUAAUUCUUUCGGCAUUUUCAAGCUCAACUGAAAUCAAUUCCCCAAUUCCCAAAGCACCGUUGGGCCCACUUUAACCUUAUUGAAAAACUUCAGAUUUCUUUUUGUACUUGAUAAAAACAUCUACUUAGAUUAAUUUUCAAAAUAAAACUGACGCCAGAAUUUUCCAGAGCACCGUUUUUUAUACGCGUGGGUCAUCCGGAAAGAGUUUACUUAGAUAAUUCUGGUCUCAAUUUGAAAGAUUUUCAGUUAGAUCUGUCGCGAGAUAUCUGCCAAUUGUUUUCUGUGAAAUCUCAAGGGACCUUUUAGAAUUCUUUAACUACAAGUUGAACUCAACUUGAGAAUAUUUUUUGCUCUGCUCAUUCGUCAUUACCCCUAUAGCCCACUGAUGAACGUCUUUUGACCCGAUAAAAAUUUACUACCCUAACUACUUUCUGGACGUGGUCAAUAUCUGGCCAUUACCGAUUUGGGAGUAAAUUGUAUUAUUACACAUCCAUCGUCUUGUCAACCAUCCAUUUCAUAUUUCAACGAGCAGCUUUUAUCGAUUUAGGGCUAAAUUUUAUAGUCUAUUUACAUACCAUUACAUUUGAAACAGGGCAAGCAUUUUUCGUACGAAAUAAAUCAUUUAGCGCAAAAAUGACAGUUAUUCAUUUUUUUACAAACGCUACCUUUUUUGCAAUGAAAAUCCCAAAAGAAAGUAUUUGAUGGAAGUUGAGCACUUGAUCAUGUUCCCGCUGCGUCUGGUCAGUGGCAUCUCCCAGAUCACUGGAACUGGGGACGGGGACUUCGUGGACAGACUCAACCACAGAUACACUCCCAUUGUGCUCAUCGUUUUCGCUAUAUUGACGACGACUAAACAGUACGUGGGUGAACCGAUUCAGUGUUGGGCUCCAAAUCACUUCUCCCAUGCAUGGAUCGAAUACACAAACCACAUUUGCUGGGUGUCCAACACUUACUUCCUCCCCCUCAACACCCCCUACAUCAGACAAGACACCCCCGAGAAACAGGGCUCAUACGUGACCUACUACCAGUGGGUGCCUCUGGCCCUGGCUGCCAUGUCCCUCCUGUUCUACAUGCCGCGCAAACUGUGGCGCACUGCUGGAAAGAGGAGUGGCCUGGAUAUUGACAACAUAGUGGUGACUGCGACCACAUUCGAGAAUGCAGUCAGCUCUGAAGUGAGAGACAAGACGAUAGAACACAUUGCCAAACAUCUCGACAGGUACUUGGGCAGUCAACGUGAAUACCGACGAGGCUGCUGGCCCAAGUGCAAACAGAUGGUCUGCGUCACGUGUAACAGACGCAACGGGACCUACCUCGGGCUUUUCUACCUAUUCUCAAAGUUCAUCUACAUCUUCAACGGGAUUGUCCAACUAGUCGCGCUAAACGAAUUCCUCGGAGACCGCUAUUCCUUAUAUGGUUUGGCAGCGCUGCUGGAUUUUAUAAAUGGCGUAACGUGGCAAACUUCGAGAAGAUUUCCACGAAUAACGAUGUGUGACUUCAGCAUCCGAGUCAUGGGUCAUAACGUUCAUGAUUACACUGUUCAGUGUGUACUACCUGUGAAUUUGUUCAAUGAGAUGAUUUUCUUCUUUGUCUGGUGGUGGCUCGUUAUAAUCACUAUCUGCACGUGUAUUAACUUCGUAGAAUGGGCGUUCAAACUAAUUUUCGCAGUCGAUAGGAUUCUGUAUAUCAAGAAACAUUUGAAGUUCAUGGACCGCUACGACAGAUCCGAACAUCGGAAGCUCCUCGCGAUGUUUGUUAACCAUUACUUGAAACCCGACGGCGUCUUCAUCAUUCGGCUGCUGGCGAAGAACACGAACACUCUGAUGACGUCGGAACUCGUGGCGAAGUUGUGGGAUAACUAUAAGGAAAAACAUACCGAGAGGUUACCCGAGCUGACGAAAACUUCUCUGAAUCCGUCGGCGGAGAGUACUUGUUCACGCAAGCAUAUGAACCACCUGCAUCACACGACAAACAUGCAGCCGUUUCACUUGGAGGUGAGAUGCAGAAAUCCGAACGACACCAAUUGGUACGAGCCUCGAUUCAAACCAGAAGCUCCGCCGAACAUACCACCGCCCAUGUUUCUAGCGGGGAGCCCGGAAAGCAUGAUCAAGGGUCCUGAGAUCCAGCAAUCCUAGAUGUCAAUUACUUGUGUAGAUUCCUCUUGUCUUCUCAAUCCUAUUGUAUAGUUUUACGAAAUAGUUUUUGUAUAAUCACAAAAAAACUCAUUUAUAUAAUUGACCAUCUGUGAUGAACACAAUUUUAUUUAGUUUUGAUGUCAAAAAUUUUUUCCUAAAUUUGAUUUGUAACUGAAUUUAAAAUGCUUCGAUGA